AUGGAGCCGGCCAACAGGACCCGCCUGUCCGAGUUCAUCCUGCUGGGGCUCUCAGACAAGCCCGCGCACCAGACGCUCCUCUUCUGGAUCUUCCUGCCCAUGUACCUGGUCACGCUUGUGGGGAACCUGCUCAUCGUCUCGGCCAUCCUCACCGACGCUCACCUGCACACGCCCAUGUACUUCUUCCUGUGCAACCUGUCGCUGGUGGACGUGCUCUUCUCCUCCACCACCGUCCCCAAGAUGCUGGCCAACCUGCACACCCGCAGCCGCGCCAUCCCCUUUGCGGGGUGCCUGGCCCAGAUGUACACCUUCCACCUGCUGGGGCCGCUGGACACCUUCCUGCUGGCCGUGAUGGCCAUCGAUAGGUUCAUGGCCAUCGUCUACCCCUUGCGCUAUUCUACCAUUAUGAGCCCCCGUGUGUGUGGGAUGCUGGUGGGGGUCUCCUGGAUGAUCCCCAACAUCCAGUCCAUCGUCCAUACGGCGCUCAUGGCCCAGCUCAGCUUCUGCGCCAGCGCCGAGAUCCCGCACUUCUUCUGCGACCUCAUGCCCCUGCUGAAGCUGUCCUGCUCGGACACGCACCUCAAUGAGCUGGUGGUCUUCGGCUUCAGCAUCGUCAUGGGCUUCAGCCCCCUCAUCAUCACCGUCUUCUCCUACAUCUGUAUCUUCCGGGCGGUCUUCAAGAUCCCGUCGGCUCAGGGCAAGUGGAAGGCCUUCUCCACCUGCGGCUCCCACCUCACUGUGGUGUCUCUCUUCUACGGCACCAUCUUCGCAGUCUACCUGCUGCCCACGUCGGCCACCUCCGCCCAGAAGGACAAGGGGGCCGCCCUCAUGUACGGGGUCAUCAUUCCUUUCCUCAACCCCUUCAUCUACAGCCUCCGGAACAGGGACAUGAAGGCGGCUCUGAGGAAGCUGGCAGGGAAAGUGGCCCCAUCUCAGGCCUAG